AUUCGUAGCAAGUCACGCAGCACAAUAUAAUAAUGGCCAGUUGCGCCGUUAGAUGGUGUAAAAACAAUCUUAGAAAGGUUCAAAAGAAAGAUGGGAUCACAUUUCAUCGGUUCCCAAGUAACAAAUCAAUGCAUCAAAAAUGGACUGAGAUAAUUCGGAAGCAGCGAAGCGACCCGGACUGGUCGCCUUCGAGACACAGCCGGGUUUGCUCGCAACACUUCGAUGAGAAAUCCAAAUACACGACGCGGAAAGGCAUCGCCAAACUUAACAGCACAGCCGUUCCUGUUUUAAAGAUGACUAGGAAGGACGCACAAUCCGUCCGUCCGUCCGUCCCGACGAAAGCUCCGGAAACUUUUCCCUGGCAGGACUCGGACAGCUCUGAUCAAGAAGUGACCAAUGUCGAAUUGGUGCCAUUAGUGUCCCUCGAGCAGUGUCGCUUCUGCGGCGACUUUUCCAAAAACUGCCUCUACAUCGAUAACAAGCCUUACGUCCACAACAAUAAGACCGAAUUUACCUUAAACGGUAUCUGUGUAAACCUAGACUUCAGUAAUGAUCACUUGCCGAAAACUGUUUGUAGAGAUUGUGAUGUUAAGUUACAAGAAUUAGCUGAUUUUGUUAACGUUGUCAAAGCAGCCCAGGAUUCACUUAUCAAUGUUACUGAUGAAGAUGGAAUUCAAGAAGAUGAGAUUAAUAGCAAAGAUAUAGAUGAAGAAAAUACUAUAGAUGUUAAAAUUGAAGAUGAGUCACCAACACAUGAACAAGUUAAUGAAAAUGAUGUUGUUGUGCGAGUUGAUGAUACGAAUGAAGCUGAAUUAAUAAAAGUAGCUGAAGACACAAUUAAAUCUUUUAAUAAUAAAAGGAAAGUUAAAGUGGCAGAUAGAAACCUGAAGAAAGCUAAAGGCACUAAAAGACAAAAAAAUGAAGAUUCACUUGACAAUGAAGUUAAUAAUGAUGAAAAGCUUGAUUUUAUAGUUAAAGAUACAAUUGAAAUAGGUUCAACUAGAAUACAAAAGCCUAAAGUUUGUAGGGAUGAAAAAAAUGAACUCUACAUUGAAAUUGAUGUAAAAAAAGAAGUCAUUGAGAGUAGUGAUAUAUGUGAUGUGGAAGAAUAUGAUGUGAGUAACAAGAAAGAUUUAACCUAG